CUGUGGUCGAGUUGAGAGUUACGCGGGAUAUUUUCUCGCUAGUGUUAGCAUAUGGACAUCCAUCGGUGAACUGCUGUACGAGAGCACCAGAAAAUACCUUUAUGGCACAUUAUACAUAUAGGGCUAAGGGUAGGAUGGAUUAGUGAAAAUUCUUGUAAGAGUGAAUUUUUUUUAAAGGUCGAUCUACAGUACAGUGCAUUUAGACGUUGGGGAAGCUAAAGUGUCACUGAAGGUAUGUUCCAGAAAGGUUGGGAUGCCCCGUCAAGUCGUGCAGGGAUGAAGGGGGAAAUUAUAUGGGAUAAUACGUUAAACUGUGUCCUAAGAGAUACUAAGUGGGUACUGUCACAAACGUUGAUUAUGUGGUCACCCUGAGGGAUGUGAUGUUGGCUCUCGGGCUGCUUGUACAAUGCGCCUUUUGAUCGUAAUUUCUGAAUUACUGCUGUGGAGAACACGCAGAACCUACUGACGUGAUGUUCGCUUCAGUUUAUUCUGUAGCUGGUAUCGAUGACGCUCCCAAAGGAGGAGGAUAGAGGGCAGAUCCUUGUAACGGUAGAAUUCAUACUUUGACAAAGGAAGACAGUAAAGAACUAUGGUAUAGUAUCUGGUUUGUGUCUAGUGGGCUAUAUCGAUGAGAUUCUAUCAUCAGAGAUUAUCAGAGAUUAUAUCACUAGAGAAAAGGAUGAGUCGAAACUACAGAUUGCCACGUUUCACCAAAUAUCAAAAAAGUCCAGAGAAGAACUCACGGCUAAAAUACGUCGUCGGGAGCGGUGCAGAGAAAAAGGACAGCAGAUUCACCGAGUUCCAAAUCAAAUGGAGAGAACAUACCAUUCGUGAUGCAUUAUAAAAUGUCACGUUUGAGCUUACCGCAAU